AUGGACCACUAUCGCAAUCCCCGGCACCGUCAACCUCUGGAUAUGGCCGACCUGGCCGCUCACGAGUUCAAUCCCUUUUGCGGGGAUGAGGUUACCCUCAAGGCCCAGUUGGAUGGCUCAGGACGGGUUGCCCGGGUGUCUUCCGAGUCCCAGGGUUGCUCCAUUAUUCAAGCCUCGGCAUCGAUGAUGGCAGAAGAGAUGGAGGGGAAGUCGGCGGAGGAAUUGGAAGAACUGGCUCGCCUGUUCCGGGAGUUGAUGCAGGGGAGGGACCUGACCGCAGAGGGCUUGGGAGUAUUGAACGAUCUGGUUGCCCUCCAGGUGGUCCGCCAAUACCCCGUCCGCAUUAAAUGCGCGUUGCUGCCCUGGACAGCCCUGGAAGAAGGGCUGGACGAACUGCGGAAAUCCCAAUCCGAAUAG